CGGCCAACAAAAACGACGCUAUCUAGGUUUCACGUCACGUAGGCGUUUACGACGACCUGAUUUCUACCUGCGCCAACCUCAUCCCGACAUCCCAUCCUCCUCAUUCGACGAUUCCACGUUUACCAUACUACGAAAUCCGAUAUAAACACGUCGACCGCAUAAUACACCUUCCUAAUUCACCGGGGACCGUUCCUCGACCCACACCGACAUCAUGGCCGCAAGAAAAUUGCAACAAGAAAUCGAUAAAUGCUUCAAGAAGGUCGCAGAAGGCGUGGCAGAAUUUGAUGGCAUCUAUGAGAAGAUUGAACAAUCAAAUAACCCCGCCCAGAAAGAAAAAUUGGAAGACAACUUGAAGCGCGAGAUCAAGAAGCUACAAAGGUUACGCGACCAGAUCAAGACAUGGGCCGCCAGCAAUGACAUCAAGGAUAAAGCUCCGUUGCUUGAGCAUCGGAAGCUAAUAGAGACGCAAAUGGAACGGUUUAAGGCCGUAGAAAAAGCUAUGAAGACCAAGGCAUACUCGAAAGAGGGCUUGUCAGCAGCUGCCAAGUUAGAUCCUAAAGAGCAAGCCAAGGUGGAAGCUAGCGAAUUCCUUAGCAGUAUGGUCGAUGAACUUGAGCAACAAAUCGAAGCUCUCGAAGCCGAAGGCGAAUCAAUACAAGCUACCAUGAAGAAAGGCAAGAACCAAGCCUCUAAAGUGGAUCGCAUGGCGACAAUCGAAAACAUAAUCGAGAGGCAUAAGUGGCAUCAAGGGAAACUUGAGCUUAUUCGGCGGUCACUCGAUAAUGGAGGUGUCGAAACGGAACAAGUGACUGACCUAGAGGAGAGCAUCCGCUAUUACGUCACAGAUGGCAUGACCGACGAUUUUAUUGAAGACGAUGGACUCUACGAUGAACUCAACCUACAAGAAGAGGAGGAUGUCUAUGGCAUGGGUCAAGAAAACGACAGGGUGUCGUCGCAAGAUACUCAGUCUAUACAAGACGAUGUCGCCGAGCCAGAUUCGCGAUCUGGCAGUUUACCUGGCAAAUCGAGAAGUGCUGUCGAAGCUGCUGCAGCCGCUGGACGGCGACCUUCCACUCAGAUGAAGUCUCCUCUCCCUACGUUAGCAACACUACAUGCCCCCUUGGCGAAUGUCACUAAUGGUAGUACCGCUAAUGCUUCCAUGAAACCCGCAUCAUUACCGACGAGGCCAGCUGGAGAGGGUUUGAAGUAUGCAUCGGCUGCGGCUGCAGCUGCUGCGAGCGAUAAGAACAAUGUUGGUAUUGCGCCGCUUCCGCCACCACCAGGAUCGCAACCAAUAUCUAUGACGGGCAUAUCGCCUUUACCUCCGGCUGCACCUUCAAGGACGAGCGCGGCAAACUCGCCAAAUACAGCAUUCUUACAACCUGCUCCACCGGAACAGAGAUCAGUGAACUUAUCUAUUCCAACACCUGCACCUGAACCCAAGGUAUUUGAGCCAAUCACGGCUCCCGUGUCGAAGAAAGAAAAAGCUUCCUCAAAAGCUGCAGGCAAAGCGCCGGCGACCGAUCGCGCAGAGUCCUCGAAAGCCUCUCAACCGAACGGCGUCUCGAAUGGCAUUAAGCCCAUCGAGGAAGAAAAGGAAGAAGAGUCAAUAUAUCAUCUUCCCGCUUCCUUACAGGAUUUAGUAGAGUCUUUCGAGGUGACCAAGAAGCGCUCAUUGCCGGUAAAUAGCCCAUCUCAUCUACGCAUGAUGGCAGCUUCGCAGGCGAAUUUAAACCUAUUCGAUACGUUCGAUUCGGAGCCACCUAGGGUGUACAGACCGGAUUCUCGAUACCCAUCGGCAUCAGGUUAUCCGCAGGAGCCGUUACCUAUAUUUGAGGACCCUCGGUUAUACUCGCGGAUAGAACCUGAUACGCUAUUCUAUGUAUUUUACUACAAGCAGGGCACGUACCAACAGUACCUCGCUGCGAAAGCGCUGAAGGACCAAAGCUGGAGGUUCCACAAGCAAUAUCAAACUUGGUUCCAACGACAUGAGGAACCCAAGAGCAUAACGGAGGAAUUCGAACAAGGGACUUACCGCUUCUUCGAUUACGAAUCCACAUGGUAUGUGCAUUUUAUUAUGCCCGUGAAUGGUGUCAUGUGACUAGUUUCGCAUUCUAUCCUAUUCACUCUUCCAUUAAGGAUUACCAUAUACAAGAAAGGAACAAUAGCUAAACAAUUCCAGGAUGAACCGAAGGAAAGCGGACUUCAAGUUCGCCUACCGAUUCCUUGAGGAUGACGUAUAAAGUCUCUACUUUACUCCAUCAGAGGAGUAUGCUCUUGCUAGGAAUCUUUUCCUAGGGGUUUGAUGGGUUUGGCGGGGGGAAACGGUGUUCUUCGUGUUUUUUUAUUUCUCCCCCCAAUCUUAGGCCUCCCAGGGCUUCACGCUGUGUAUGCAAUAUAAUCAUCCCAUCAUCCAUCACUCGUCCAAUUCGUCCGCGCGAGACGUUCUAUUGUUGCUAGUUAAGGGGUUGAGGGGAAGGAGCGUCAGGGCGCUUGAUAUGGCGGUCGACUACUUACCUUUGUCCCAAUAGUUAUAAGGAAAUACAUACAAGACCG